AAUGUUGGUAUUACUUGUUGCAUCAUAUUGACGAAGGUUUGACUUGAGAAAGCUGUGUGCGGUUAACAAUCGCGCGUGUUGUUUAUAACAAUGUAAAAAUUGUCUUGCCAAUGACAUUUACAGGUGUUCCAGUAGGAUUUGAUACAAUUUUCUGUUUUGCUGAAUAACAAUGCAUUGACAUGCAAUUUCAAUAUUAACUACAAUCAUGGAAGAAGCAGGACCAUCUCAGAGUCCUACUGAGAAAACUGCUAUUAAAACAAAUCAUUUCACUCAAGAUCUUUCAGACAUACCUUCAGAUUCACAAUACUUUGUUGCUCUGCUAGCAUUUCUGGGAUUUUGCAAUAUAUAUGCCUUGCGUGCGAAUCUGAGCGUAGCUAUUGUUGCAAUGACACAGAACAAGACUGUCAAUGGAACUGUACUCUAUAAUACAGAAUUUCCUUGGGAUGCUGAAUUAAGAGGUCUAGUUCUUAGUUCAUUUUUUUAUGGAUAUAUAGUCACACAAAUUCCAGGAGGCUGGUUAGCAACACAAAUGGGUGGCAAAAGACUAUUUGGAAUUGGAGUUGGUGUAACAGCAUUUAUAACUUUAAUUACUCCUCUUCUAGCUAAAGCAAGCAUUUAUCUACUGAUUCUUGGGAGAGUAUUUGAAGGUUUGUUUGAGGGUAUUACUUAUCCAUCUAUUCAUGCAGUAUGGAACCAGUGGGCCCCACCACUUGAGCGAAGUCGGUUAGCAACUAUUGCAUUUUCUGGUAGUUACUUUGGUACUGUUGUUGCUCUUCCACUUUCUGCAUUUUUAGCUCAGCAUGUAGGUUGGGAAUCAAUCUUUUAUGUUUUUGGUGUUAUUGCUCUAUGUUGGUGUAUGGCUUGGUGGAUGUUUGUAACUGAGACCCCUCAAUCUGACAGAAGAAUUACAGAUUAUGAGAUGGAAUAUAUCAGGUCUUCUAUUGGUGCAUCAGCCAACCAUGUUAAGGUGAAUGUAGAUCCACCAUGGAAACGGUUUUUUACUUCCCUUCCUGUGUGGGCUAUUAUGAUUGCCCAUUUCAGUGAAAAUUGGGGUUUCUAUACAUUGCUGACAGAAUUGCCAACUUUCAUGAAAGACAUACUUCACUUUGAUUUGCUACAAGUUGGAUGGUUAUCGGCCCUGCCAUACCUGGUGAUGGGUAUAGUUGUGCAGAUUGGAGGAUUUGUUGCAGACUGGUUGCGAUCCAAUGGUCACUUGACCACUACUCAGAUGCUGAAUCAUAAUACUAAUAAGAAAGGUGUUUUCCAGGUGCGAAAAUUAUGCAACUGUGGAGCAUUUUCUUGCCAGACUCUCUUUCUUGUGGCCGCAGCUCAUUCUUCAACACCAGCUGCCGCUAUAUCAUGUCUGACUGUUGCUGUUGGUUUUGGGGGAUUUGCUUGGGCUGGAUUUAGUGUCAAUCAUUUGGAUCUUGCUCCUCAGUUUGCAAGUAUAUUAAUGGGCCUGUCUAAUACUGUAGCAACACUUCCUGGAAUGAUUAGCCCUUUGUUGACAGAACAUCUAGUUCAACACAAAGCACUUCGUGAAUGGCAGGGUGUGUUCUAUAUUGCUGGUGGAAUAUACCUUGCAGGAGCAGUUUUCUACGGCCUCUUUGCUUCUGGAGAACGACAGAAGUGGGCCGAUAUUCCUGAUUCUUAUAUGCUUUGUAGAGAUGACCACUCACAUGCCUCCACUGAGGAUAUGCCAUUUGGUACAGGGUCAUGUGAGUAAUGUUAGUUUUUAAGAAAAAUAUAUGUUUCCAAUUUACUACAUAAUGUUGUGAUUAUGUGAUGUGUCUUGCAAUUCAGUUGUCAUUGCAGCAAGUAAAAAACUAGUAAUAAUAUUAAAUAUGUUCUUGCCUACUGAUAACUGGAUACUAUUUCUUCUUUUGAAGUAUGUGAUAAUGUAAUGAUCUGAAGCCCUUUGACAUUUUUUGACUAAUUGAGAUUGACUUCCGCUAGUGAACAAAAGCAAAAAAAAUAUCUUAACUGCAUGAUCAUGAUAACACUUGAAUGUUAUGUUAACAUUUCCUCUUACCAUUGUGCAUAUUUUGGAAAAAUGGUUCAUAGACUUUUCUGUAUCAGUAGUGUUUAUAUCAUCUUGUUGAAAAUCUUGAAGUAGAAGUUAAAAAAUACUUCUAUCAGCAAUGUAAGAGUUAAGGUACAUAAGACUGUAGAGAUCUCACUGUGUGGGAUGUGAGAUGAGAGGUGUCUUGCUUCCUUCCAUCUCAUUCAUGUAUAAACAGAACAAAAUGAUCAGUGUCAGCCCUUGAACUACAGAUUACAACUCAAAACACAUUUGUCUAAUUUUAUGGCUCUCUUGUAUUCUGAAUGUGUGAUUCAGUACAAAAUAAUCUUUCAGCUGUAUAAAGAUCUUGCUCGUUCAUUGCUUCUGCUACACAAUGCCUCAUACACCACCUAUGUUUUUCAGAAGUUGUAAUAACCACCAUCCGCUGCGAGUCUGCCAACCCUCUGAGUACAGACUGCCUAACCAUGGGUGGCUUUUGUUUCCCUGAAUUUAGCUCAGAUCUAUAAGUGUCUGGGGCAGGGCAAGUUUUGUUUUGUUUUUAUUGUUUUCUUCCUCUCUAUUGUAUUGCCCUGUAUCAUUUUCAUUCAAAUAUUUUACAUGAUUUUUAUUUAUUUAAGAAUAUCUAAAAUAUUUUAUUAUUUUUUUGCAUUAUUAACAGAAAUAUUGAUAUUUAUAUAUAUAUAUAUAUAUUAGUAUAUAUAUAUAUAUAUUAAAUAUAUAUAUAUUUAUGAAAAGCUUUGUCUGCUGGUGCCUAAAUUGUAAAAUUUGGGUAGGAGUUUCUUUCUACUUCAUAUAUGUCCUUAAAUGUACAUCUUAUAAGUGAUUAUUUAAUAAGAAGUAAAUUUCACAUCAAAUCACCCCUAGACUUCAAUGGCAAUUUAUGCUCCAACUUGAAAAGAAUUAAUAUGUGGGAUCGAGACAACUGAAGCAAUUUUCUAUUCAAACUAAGCUAAUCCACUCGUGACCCAAAAUUUACGUUUUUGGCAGUUUUGGUUCAAUUUAGUCCUUUAUACUUCAUUAAUAUUUUCAUUCAGUUAUCCCAUAAAGUGUAAAUUCAUUAAUAGCCUGUUUUUUUCAUUUAACAAACAAAAUGCGACCAAAAAAGAUGCUUAAUAAUCAUUUUUGACAAAUUGAAUGAGCUUGUUUUUGAAGGAAGAUGCCCUCAAAUGUAUGUAUUAUUCUCAAUUUUGAAAUUUCAAAAGACUGCUUUCUUAUAAAUUUAAUUUCAAAAUCUCUUCGUGCACAUCUAAUCCUUCCAAAUUAUUUUUUAAUUUCAUAGAAUAGCAUAUGUCUCCCUGACAAUUUCAUGUCUAGUCGUUGUUGUCUUCUUGGCAGGCCACAUGAAUCUUGGCGCGUGGUGUAUAAAAGAAUGUUCUUAUUCACAGUAAUGUCAUUAAAUGUUACAUAUGUAGAAUUAUUUAUUUUUUUAUUAUAUGUAAUGCUAUUAUGAUUCUGUGUCACAUUCCAUUAUGAGUUUACCUGGAAUUAGUUGUACUCAUGUAUUUUCUUGAAAAUCAAUUAAAUUUCUUUCAUUGUUAGCAUGAAAUAAGUUUGAGACCACAAAAGAUUAACUUCUUAGAAGAUAAUGAACAUGUACUGAAAAAUUAUUUACAAAAUAAAUUAUGAAUUACAGUAGUCCUUGCAACUUUUUUCUGUAACAUUAGGAAGUUUGUUGAAACAUGUCAAUGCAUCAACAUUAUUCUUUUUAUUCAGUUACUGAUCUGAUAGAUUGCCAAUAUAUUAUAUUAAGUGUAACUAAAGAUUAAGCAUUAGUAUGUCUAUAAUAAUGAAAAAUUUUAUUUUUUCUCUUAAAUCGUACAUAAUUCCACAGCAAGAAGUGCAGUACAAUCAUUUCUUGCUUUUAGAGAAUUGUAUUGUAUUUAAGUCAAUAGCUUUUUGGUAUACUUUUAUACUUUUUUUCAAACUAACAUAUCAGGGCAACUCGGACUGUCAGGGGCCAAUUCAUAGAUUGUUGAAAUGUCUCGACUGUGCAUGGUACAUAUCGUAUUGCUGUGAUUGUAUUGUGUGUGUGUGUGUUUUUUAUUAAUUAAUAUACCCCUUUUUGAAGAUAUUCUACAUUUCACUU